AUGCACAGUCCCCUGCCCCUGGACAGCAAGGUGCCGCAGAGAGCAAGGAGUGCGGGGGAGCUCUGGCUCCAUGACAAAGCGCACGAUUACGGCUUCUAUCAGUCCAUUGCCAAAAUCAUGCAGUGGAGAGAUAGGUACGUCGAGGAUCGGACCAUUUUCGUGCGGCAUGACGAGAUGGUCGACUUGAUGCGUGGCCUGGGCGCCCGGGAAGAAGACUUUGGCCGUCUCCAGGUCGUCAGCAAUAACCUGCAGACGGAUCCCACGCUACCCUUUCGAAAGUCCCGGACGGGACGCUUCUGCAUGGACUACGAUCGGCAGUCGCUCCGCCGGCUCGAGUUCCAGCCGUUCUCCUUGUCGGCCGCCGAGGACUUUAAACGCCAUGACUCGGACACGGUGCGCGUCUUUGACGAGAUUGAGGAGGAGCUGCAUUCCAACACGGUGUUGCAGGGCCUGAUGAUCUUCAAGGCCAUGGUGAUGCACGGUGUGCCGACCAUGCACCGCCCCAACUUUGACUACGGCGCGAACAAAUGGGUCUGUACCAUGUUCAACCUGCGCACCGUGACCAGGCCGGACAUUCUGGGCGAGCCAGCGCUCGAGGGCGUGCACACGGAUGGCGUCGACCACACCAUGACCACGUAUCUGGGGAGUAGCAACAUGAAACCCAACAGCGCCGUGACGCUCCUUCACGAGCGCGACGAGACGACGGGCACGCCGUUCCACGAGACGUCGCCGAACAAGAUCUACGGCCGGGCGCAGCACACCAAGUUCCUCGACACGUUGCUCGUGGCCGACCACGAGUACAAGCACAGCCUCUCGCCCGUGUACGCGGUAGAUGAGGCUAAGGAGGCGACGCGGGACAUGCUCAUCUUCUUCACGCGCAAGCCCGUCACCGAGGGACACAUCUCGGCGGGCAUCGACUCGCUCAAGUCUCAUGAGAAGAGCCCGAUGGAGAUUCCUCUGUUCACGCUCCCGAAUUGA